AUGUCAGAAGUACACAGCAUCAGCCGAUACGGCGGCUUGGUGCCAGACCCGCCGACGGCCGCGCCCGCCACGUUUGCCUUGAGGGUGGUGGUCUUGAACAUCGGCCUGUCCAAGGCGCCAAAGUCGACACUCAGCAUCUGGGCAGACUCGCCCUUGGAGCAGCAGUGCGGCGCCAGGGCCGACAGGACCCUGGAGGUCCCCAAGCUGAAGGCAAACGGCGGAAAGUUCAAGGCUUUGGUGGAGGGCCUGUCAGCACCCGCGGGGCCCCGCACGCUGCGCCUGUUCGCGGACAGCGAGGGCAAGAUCAAUGAGACGAGCGAGGCCAACCAGAUCACCUGCAAUUACACAGUGACGGCCAAUCCUAUAGCAAACUUGGGUUUAGUGGGCGUGGCUUGGGCUCCCACCAACCUCGUCACAGCCGACUUCGCCGGCCUGACUGGGCAAACUUUUGACGUCGUGCUCACCGUACAAAACUCGGGCAGCAAGGAGGGAUCGAUCGGCACCGUCAAGUUCUUGUCGGGCCUCAAGAACGACACCCGGGUGCUGAGCUGCGGCAGUCCGUCGUCGGACUUCACCGUGAGAUUCACUGACGCCAUCCACCCCGGCAAGGUCAAAAACUACAAGGUGCAAGGCAUCCCAAUAUUUGCCACCCCUGGCCUCAGCAUGGUCCAGGUUCUCAUAGAUGCAGAGGGCCGCGAGAGCGACAACAUCGGCAGGGGCUACUACAAGUCGCUCGCCGCCCCCCUCCCCGCGUUUUACGAGGUCGGCACAUCGCGCAUGACCCCGCGCGGGCUCGGCCCCCUCAAGCGCGGCGGCACCGCCGACCUCAAAAUCACCCUCAGGAACGGCGGCAACGGGCCGGGCGCGGUCGGCGUCGUGUCCGCGUUUGCGAACGGGGACGAGCUGCCGUUGGACGAGUUCAACUGCACGACGGGCAGAGGCGCGGGCUGGGUGUCGACCUCAGAGUUUACUGCCCAGGUGGCAGUGAAAGCCAAGGCCAAAGUCGUCGUCAAGGGGCUGAGGCUGCCGUUCAGCCCUGGAAAAUAUUACGCGGUGAUGCUGCUGGACAGCACAUGCAAGAACCAGGAUAUAUACGAGGCGUUUGAAGCUGUGCCCAGUAUGAGUGUCAUUGUUGUUGAAUACCGUAUAUAUUAG